AUGGGAUCGACUGAGAACAGCCACACUACCGACCGCCGCUUUGGCACUCUGGCCGUCCACGCCGGUGCGCCACACGACCCUUCGACCGGUGCCGUCAUUGCUCCUAUUUCCCUCUCGACCACCUUCGCCCAGACCAGCGUCGGUAAACCCGUCGGCCUGUACGAGUACACUCGCAGCGCCAACCCCAACCGUGACAACUUCGAGCAAUCCGUCGCAGCCCUCGAGAACGCCAAGUAUGCACUUGCCUUCUCAUCCGGCUCCGCUACGACAGCCGUCGUCCUGCAAUCCCUCGCCGCAGGCUCCCACAUCGUCUCCGUCUCCGACGUCUACGGCGGUACUCACCGAUACUUCACCAAAGUCGCCGCCGCCCACGGCGUGCACGUUACCUUCUCCCCCUCCAUCGAGCUGCAUGUCGAGGACCUAAUCCGCCCCAACGAGACAAAACUCAUCUGGAUUGAGACCCCCUCCAACCCCACCCUGGGUCUAGUCGACAUCCAAGCUGUCGCAGACAUCGCCCACCGCCACGGCAUCCUCGUCGUUGUCGACAACACCUUCAUGAGCCCCUACGUCCAGAACCCGCUCAACAACGGCGCCGACAUCGUCGUCCACUCCGUCACAAAGUACAUCAACGGCCACUCCGACGUCUGCAUGGGCGUUGCAGCCUUCAACUCCGAGUCUUUGAACGAGCGCCUUUCUUUCCUGCAGAACGCCAUCGGCGCCAUCCCCUCGCCCUUCGACUGCUGGCUCGCCCACCGCGGCCUGAAGACGCUGCACCUGCGUGCUCGUGAAGCGACCAAGAACGCCACCGCUGUCGCGCUGGCCCUUGAAGCCUCCCCGCACGUCCUGGCGGUCAAUUACCCCGGCAUCGACUCGCACCCCCACCGGGCGAUUGCGAAGAAGCAGCACCGUGACGGUAUGGGCGGUGGCAUGCUCAGUUUCCGCAUCAAGGGCGGACAGAAGGCUGCGCAUGAUUUCUGCAAGUUCACCAAGAUCUUUACGCUGGCUGAGAGUCUUGGUGGCGUCGAGAGUCUUUGUGAGGUUCCUUCUAGCAUGACGCAUGCUGGUAUUCCGAAGGAUCAGCGGGAGGCUGCUGGUGUGUUCGAUGAUCUUGUUCGGAUGAGCUGUGGUAUUGAGGAUUCUGAGGAUCUUAAGGCGGAUGUGCUUAAGGCUUUGGAGACGGUUGUUAAGGAGGCGAAGAUUAAUGGGUAUGCUUAA